AUGGCGCCACUCCUGAGUGGUUAUGAGGCGGCAGGAGAUGUCAAUCAGCCGUCCAGAGUGAAUAGCAACACUCCAGCUCGAAGGAAUGUCCUAUACAUCGAUGCAUACGACUCCUUCUCCUUCAACGUUGUUGCCAUGCUGGAGGAGAUUCUCGACGUCAAGGUCACGGUGAUGACUAUCGAUUCGGACUGGCCCGACGGUAACAUGGUCGAUUAUCUGCAGCAUUUCGAAGCUGUUGUGCUGGGUCCCGGGCCUGGCAACCCGAAUAUCUCCAAGGAUGUCGGUAUCAUGCAGGAUAUCUGGAAUCUCGACGAUGCGGAUCUGUUGCCUGUUCUCGGGAUCUGUCUCGGAUUUCAGAGUUUGUGUCUUCGCCAUGGUAUCUCCAUAGGGCGGUUGCCAUAUCCGCUGCAUGGACAGGUCCAUCGCAUCACAACUGCCAAGAAAGACAUUUUUGAAGGCAUGCGAGAUGUCGAGGUGACACUCUACCAUUCGCUAUAUGCCAAGGUGGAUCUUCCGGAACUUUCGACUCAGAGGGUUGAGGAUCGUCAAACUCAGCAUGAAAACUACUUUGCUUCCAGGAGCCUUGAUUUACUGGCCUGGUUCUCUCUCGAGGAAGGGAAUACCCAGAUUCCCAUGGCUGUUCGCCACAAGAGAAAGCCAUUUUGGGGUGUACAGUUUCAUCCAGAGUCCUGCAAAUCUGACAGGGAAGCCUGCACCCAAGUGCUCAAGAGAUGGUGGGAUAUGUCUCUCAACUACAACAGAAAAACUGGGCGCGGAGGCUAUGGUGCUCUCCCCGAUUAUAUCAUCUCCUCGCGCUCAGGCGAUGAAAACUCCCUCCCAGAUGCUGCUUUCACAAUGUUGAAUUGGAGCGCGAGCGCGUCCUCUCGUUCUGCCUAUCGUACUCUCACAGCCAAGACUCUGGACGCUGAAUCGAUAUGCGAGCACCUGAAUGCCCCAGAUUCACCGACGGUGUUGUUCCAGUCAAAUGGAAGGUAUAGCAUAAUCUCAGUGCCGACACCCGUCAGCUGGAGGCUGGAGUACUCCGCAGAGACUCAGAAGUUGCUUCUAGAGAAGCUACAGGAUUGCUAUUCCCCAGACAGCGCUUUCACGAACUCUGCAGCCACGGAGAACAUCACUGAAAGGUCAUUGUCAGUCCCCCAAUUCUGGGACGUGAUGAGGUUUGUCAUGGAUAUGAAGAAGGUGGAUUCAGGAAGUCUCACUGUUCCGUUCUGGGGAGGAUUCCUAGGAUAUUUCUCGUAUGAGAUGGGGCUGGCAUGCCUUGCUCGCCCCAAAUCAGCUGCGGAAAUUCACCCUGCUAGCAAUAAUUUCGGGGAGGAUCCAGCUGAUGCGAGCCUUCUGUGGGUCGAAAGGAGUGUUGUGGUUGAUAACAAAACGGGCCAAAUCACCGUUCAGUCGACGCGAGCCGACGAUGAUCUGUCAAAUAAAUGGCUUGAUCAGACUGCGCAAUCACUACAGGAUCUCGCCAUUCGCCAAACCUUGGUCCAAUUGAGCACCCUUGAUGCAGAUACAGAGUUUUUGGAUUCCAUACUCACGCAGAGCAUCACACAGUUUCCGACAGAGGAGGCCUAUCAAAAUCAGAUUAGGGCCUGUCAAGCGGAACUGGAGGCUGGUGAAUCGUACGAACUAUGUCUCACCUGUGAAACAUCGAUCAAGUUACCCUCACCCGCUACCCAUAGUGGUCGUGUUAACUUCCCCUGGAAGCUGUACAAGCGCCUCAGGAAGUACAAUCCUGCCGCAUUCAGUGGCUUCGCGCGAUUGGGACACGUCAAGAUCGUCAGCAGCAGCCCCGAAUGCUUCCUCAACUGGGACCGAUCCUCCACUCUCGAGAUGAAGCCAAUGAAGGGUACUGUGAGGAAGAGUGCUGAUAUGACCCUGGAGAAGGCCAAAGAAAUCUUGAGUUCAACAAAGGAGAUGGCCGAGAAUUUGAUGAUCGCAGAUCUCAUCCGCCACGAUCUCUAUGGCAUAUGUGGCUCCGCAGGCGUCCGCGUUGAAAAGCUGCUCGAGGUAGAGGAUCACGGACGUGUCUAUCAAAUGAUCACCCAUGUCAAAGCUCAAGUCGACCGGAACCGUCCCGGUUUUGCUGUGCGGGAUAUGCCGCAGUUGCGGUCCUCGAACAUGUCUGGUUAUGGACUGACUGCGUUGCAAAGAUGUCUGCCACCCGGCUCAAUGACUGGUGCUCCCAAGGAACGUUCAUGCAUGCACCUCAGUUCCAUUGAGAAUCGCAAGCGUGGUGUUUAUUCUGGCGUCAUGGGCUAUCUAGACCUGGGAGGCGGUGGGAGCUUCUCGGUCCUCAUCCGUACGGCGUUUACCUGCUCGCAGGAUCAGGAAGAUGAGCAGCUUUGGCGAAUCGGUGCCGGAGGAGCAGUGACGACAUUGAGCACCCCCGAAGGCGAGUGGGAUGAGAUGUUGACAAAGCUCCGUACUGUUUGCGGUAUAUUCGCCCCGUCCAAAUGA